UUCAUCCCCACCUUAACGCAACACCCUACUGGGCCGAGCACUCGUUUCGUCAAGCCAUUGAUUCAAUUCUCGGCUCGGAAUGGCGAAUGAGCAAGUAAGGCUCAGUUUAUUCCAACUAUGUUCCAUCAGUCCCGAAGGCCCCAGUUGCCCUACAUGUCUGUCGCGAGAGCCGAAGAGUGGCACUGGAGCACUACACUCUUGCAUUCGCAGGAACAAACAUCCUGUCCAUGCACGCGGACUUUACUGCCCUGUUCAACGCGAGUGAACUAGGCCUCAAGCGAACAUGGGUUGAUUGGGAACAAGACACAAUCUUCGUUGUUCGCGGUGAUGGGGCUUUCGUUGAUAUGAGGGGUGUGUAUGGGGAGCCGUUCUUUCUUGACGUUCUUGCUGCUUAUGCGCAAGACGAUGCAGAGAAUAUCCGGAAGUUGGCGGUGGCGGGGCAUUGGAGCACCAAUCCGGGGAACGAUCGGUAUAAGAGGCUAGGUGAAGGGCUGGUUGAGAGCUUGAAGUUGUUUGCGGGGUUGGAGGAGUUGGUUGUUUAUCAUAGUGAUGUGAGUUGGGAGGAUUUUGUGAGUAUUACGGAAGAAGAUGACGAAGAGGGGAAUAGGAGGACAAUUGCGCUGGUGAGAAGAAGUGAAAAAGAGGUGCUGGACGAGAUGAUGAGUGUUUUGGAGGAGGAGAAGAGUGAGGAUGAGGAGUGGACGAGUGCACUGCCUCGGAUUGAAGUUUCCAGAGAUUGGCAGUGGUGCUGGCGUGGUGGAGAAACACUAUUGGGCUAUUGUGGGCCCAAAUUCGAUUAAUUCAAGGGAUUACUUGUCUGAGCAGGAUGUCUCUCAGUGAAUUUGUGAUUGGAACUUGGAAAAGUGGCGAGGGCGUGUUUCCUAGGCUACGCUCCUCCUCUUCCUAGUGCGGAAGGCCAUCCGUGUAUACAUCAAGCAGAAGGCAAUUGCCUUCAGUACGGCAUUUAAUAUUUUACCUCAGAAUUACAAUCGUAAUCUUAUUGAAUGCCUGCCGCG